UCCGGUCGGAAUUACCCGGCGGUGCACGCUGACAUGGCUGCGCUGGUUGUGAGAGGUGUUUGGGACCUGCUGAAGCAAGCGGACUUCGCGAAAGUCCUGCGGAGACACCGCCAUAAGAAGAAAUGGGCUACCACGGAGCCCAAAUUUCCUGCCACUCGACUGGCACUGCAGAAUUUUGACAUGACCUAUGAUGUGCAGUUUGGGGAUCUUUGGCCAUCGAUCCGGGUUAGUCUUCUCUCAGAGCAGAAGUAUGGGGCACUGGUCAAUAACUUUGCAGCCUGCGAUUAUGUGAGUGCUGAACUGGAGCAGCUCCAUGCCAGGGACUUUGUGAAUAAAGCCUACUUGCAUGGGGAAUUGGAGCCUGAGAGUGGCCAAAUGGCAGAUCCAUCCCCAGCUUCCUGGGCCUGCAGUCCAAACCUUCGAUGCUUCACUUUCACCAGAGGAGAUGUCAGCCGUUUCCCUCCUGCCAGGCUUGGCAGCCUGGGUGUCAUGGACUACUACUUGAUGGACGCUGCCUCCUUGCUGCCUGUCCUGGCCCUUGGCCUGCAGCCUGGCGACAUGGUGCUUGACUUAUGUGCAGCCCCUGGGGGGAAGACACUAGCAUUGCUUCAGACUGGCUGUUGCCGCAAUCUUGCUGCCAAUGAUCUCUCCACUUCCCGAACAAGCAGACUUCAGAAGAUCCUUCACAGCUAUGUACCUCAAGAUAUUAGGGAUAAGAGUCGAGUUCGAGUCACCUCAUGGGAUGGCAGGAAGUGGGGAGAACUGGAGGGGGACACCUAUGACCGAGUGCUGGUGGAUGUACCCUGUACCACAGACCGCCAUUCUCUUCAUGAGGAGGAGAACAACAUAUUUCAGCGGUCGAGAAAGAAGGAGCGGCAGACGUUACCUAUGCUGCAGGUGCAGCUUCUUGCGGCUGGACUCCUUGCCACCAAACCGGGAGGCCACGUCGUCUAUUCCACCUGUUCACUCUCACACUUACAGAAUGAGUAUGUGGUUAAAGGCACCAUCGAGCUCCUGGCCAAUCAAUAUAGCAUUGAAGUUCGGGUGGAAGAUCUCACUCACUUCCAAAAGCUUUUCAUGGACACAUUCUCUUUUUUCCCAUCCUGCCAGGUUGGGGAGCUGGUAAUCCCAAACCUCAUGGCCAAUUUUGGGCCUAUGUACUUUUGCAAACUGUGUAGACUGACAUAGCAUCACCCUGUUCCUGAAGCCCUAGUGUACGAAGACAAAGGGUGUAUUCCCAUGGAGGCACCGGAAGCUGAGACCGGUGGCAAAGAUGCACUCUGGGUCCUAUCUCCAUCUGGUUCAAGUCUUUCUAUAGAUAGUUUUUAGCAAUAGGAAGUAGGAGUUUUUUUUGUCCUGCUGUCUAAUUGUGGAGCAUCAGCAGGUUUUUAACUCACUUAUAUCCAACCCCCCACUUCCCAUCUCUAAGCCUGUACUAAAGAUUCCUGCCACCCUGGGGGCUUAGAAGGAGGAUCUAGUGAGCAGGCCCACACUUUAAGCUGUAAACUUGGGAAGAAGCAUUUAGCCAAUAAAAUUGUUGAAGCUUCAUAGAGCUAAGGCUGUGGUUGAGGGCCUCAUGUUAGUCUAAGUACUGUUAGUUCUACUUGUACCAGCUGCUGCUACUGAGCACCAGCUCCCAGGUGCCCAAUGUCUAGGAUCACAGUCUGGUUACAGGCCUCUGGUUGCAGAGCCCCUCUUACACUUGAAGUUAGUUCUGCAUGAUCAGUCUUGAGCACUUGGUGGGCCCAAACAAGGCUAUCUAGUUUCUUCAUAUGGCCUAUGGUCUACUUUAAGAAACAAGUAACUAAAGAUGUUAAGCCAGUGCAGCCUGCUUACUUAUAUUGAAAAAGCUCUCCUAAGCUGAAUAAUUCCAGCUUUUCCUCCUGCUGUCAGCAGCACUGCUGCUUAAUUGUGGUUGGGGAAGCUGCUCUGUCACAGGGCUGUGAUACAGUAAAACCUCAAUAUAACGGACUAAUUCUGGCGAGGGGGGUGUCCGUUA